UCACCCCCCAGUUCCUCAAUCAUCACAACAAAAAUCUCACAUCGCCCUUCCAAAUUCUUCAACUUCUGUCAAAUCAAUUUCCCCGAAUGGCUCGCACCAAGCAAACCGCCAGAAAAUCCACCGGAGGAAAGGCUCCGAGGAAGCAACUCGCCACCAAAGCCGCCAGGAAGUCAGCUCCGGCUACCGGUGGAGUCAAGAAGCCACAUCGCUUCCGUCCUGGAACCGUCGCACUUCGUGAAAUCAGGAAGUACCAGAAGAGCACUGAGCUUCUGAUCCGGAAGCUUCCGUUUCAACGUUUGGUUCGUGAAAUUGCUCAAGAUUUCAAGACCGAUCUGAGGUUCCAGAGCAGCGCCGUGGCGGCACUUCAGGAAGCGGCGGAGGCCUACUUGGUAGGUUUGUUUGAAGACACAAAUCUUUGUGCGAUUCAUGCUAAGAGAGUUACGAUUAUGCCAAAGGAUAUCCAAUUGGCUAGGAGGAUUAGAGGGGAAAGGGCUAGAAACCAAUUAAACAAACCCAUCAAAUUUCCCCCAAAAUUUAAAAUCUCCCGCUUUUCUUCUUCUUGGAAACCCUAUAUCUCCAUCACCAAACCCUCGAAGUUUCUUCAUCGCUCAAUCGAAUCUUCAAACUUCAGAACUCAAAUCUUCCAAUUUCUGCUCUACCAGUUUGCCCGAAUGGCUCGCACCAAGCAAACCGCCAGGAAGUCUACUGGAGGCAAGGCCCCUAGAAAGCAAUUGGCCACCAAAGCCGCCAGGAAGUCAGCUCCGGCCACCGGUGGAGUGAAGAAGCCCCAUCGUUUCCGUCCUGGAACCGUCGCACUUCGUGAAAUCAGGAAGUACCAGAAGAGCACCGAGCUUCUGAUCCGGAAGCUUCCGUUUCAACGUUUAGUUCGUGAAAUUGCUCAGGAUUUCAAGACCGAUCUGAGGUUCCAGAGCAGUGCCGUUGCGGCGCUUCAGGAGGCGGCGGAAGCCUAUUUGGUUGGUUUGUUUGAGGAUACGAAUCUUUGUGCUAUUCACGCUAAGAGGGUAACCAUUAUGCCUAAGGAUAUUCAAUUGGCAAGGAGGAUUAGAGGGGAGAGGGCUUAAGAGGGAUUGACUUGAUUAUUAUGUUCUUGGUUUUUAACUUUUAAAGUGCCUUUUCUGUGUCUAGAUUUAGUUUAUGGUGUAAAUCUUCUGUGUUUUGAUUUGAUGUCCCAUGAGUAUAUUGUAGGUCACAUGUAUAUGGGACUCAACGAUCUGUUUGCUAAAUGAAUUAUCUCUUUUCAUUUAUUA